UGUUCCGCCACCGAUAGCAGCAGAUAAAAUACCAUGGCGACCGUGCUUCCCAUUCUCGUUCUUUGCCUCUUACUCCCACGUCCGUGUUCCCGUCCCGGUGCCCCUCAGAGCAGGUCUCGCGCGCGCAAGCCGCCAGCAGGCCUUCCACUCGUUCCCUACUACCCUCCUUGACGCGUUCUGCGGCUUUCACGACUUCACCUUCACGAUGCAGACCUUUUUGACGAUGAUCCUGUCCGCGCUGCUGGCAGCGCGGAUGGUCGAGGCUCAUGCUGCUUUCUGGCACCCGAGCAUGUGGGGCUUCAAUGUCACCAGCAACACCUUCGCGUACGACAACCGCCCCGUCGUCCCGCUCAAGUACAUGAACUUUACAACUUGGUGGUUCCACGGCCACCUCGACUACCCCCCGAACGACGGCGACUUCUUCGAGCUCCCCGCCGGCAAGGCCGCGACCGCCGAGAUCGCGUGCACCAAGGGCGCGACCUCCUUCGCGGACACGAACGCGGCGACGGGCGGCGACGUGCGCGAGAAGAACAACCCGAACGACGUGUGCCCGGGCAUGAAGAUGAUCGAGUACCACACGACGGGGGAGGACAACGUGAAGGGCUGCGCGCUGUCGAUCGCGUACAAGAGCGACGUCGCAAAUGUGACGCAGGAGGACUUUACGGUGUUCAGCGUGAACCAGACCUGCGUCUGGACGCGCUUCACGGACUUCCAGGUGCCGGAGAAGAUGCCGGCGUGCCCUCCGGGCGGCUGCAUCUGCGCCUGGCACUGGAUCCACUCGAUUGAAGGUGGUGGAGAGGAGAACUACAUGAACGGCUUCCGCUGCAAUGUCACCGGCGCCACGUCCGACGUAGCCCUCGCAAAGCCCGCCGUCCCGCGUCGCUGCGGCGCGGACCUCCAGAACAACCGAGCCUCCUCCGUCCUCGGCAACUGCACGUACGGCGCGAAGCAGCCGAUCUGGUGGCUUAACAACCAGAGCACGCUCUUCGAGGCCCCCACGGCCCCGCCCUUCUACAACGACCUCUACAACUUCCGCGACGGCCCCCAGGACGACAUCUUCGCAGACACCUACGUCCAGCUCCCCGAGCCCUCGCCCACCGCGCAGCUGCCAGUUCUCCGCUACGCGGUCAAGGCGCUCAGCGGCGUGUUGAGCAUCGCGCAGGAUCUCGGCAACCAGGCCACUAGCGCAUUCGGUGAUGCGACGAGCGCGCUAGGCAGCAUUGGGAAUCAGGCGACUAGUGCUGUGGGCGGCGCGUUGAGCUCGUUGCUGUCGCCUGCGACGGCGACGGGGCAGGCGAGUUCGGCGACACAGACGAAGGCAGCAGCGACCAUGACGGGGAACGCGAGUGCGGCGACGCAAGCGAGUGCUGCCCCUCAUACGAGUGCGGCAGCGAACACGGCUGCAGCCCCGACGACCUCCGCAGCAACGAUAAGCUCAGCGGCCCCGGCGACGACAUUGGCAGCGCAUUCUUCUGCAGCGCCGUCGUCGUCUGACUUCUACGAGCCUGCUGGGGGCAACUUCUCUGAGGAUAGCGAUGCGUCGUCAGCGGCUGCAUCACCCUCCGCUGCCGCCAAUACCACCGUGAACGCCGCCGUCGCGAACGCGGCCGACGAUCAGUCCUCGACCGCCAAGUGCCGUCGGAUGAAACGUCGCAGCCGCCUCGCGCGGCAUCCGCUGUUGCAGGGGACAGCGAUCACGGUCUAGGGGGCGGCAAUUACGGUCUGAGUUGUCCUCACAAACCUUCGCCUAUGCCUCUGUACAUAUCUCCCGCCGACACCUCACCUCCCUCGCGCACCCAUGACCUUCGCGCCACCGCCACCACCGCCCCUCUUCCUUUCAUCGUCUACUUACCUUCCAUCGUUCUCGUGAUUUCCCGCAUUCGGUGCUAGCACACCCACGGGGACCCGAGCCAGUCUCGGGCCAUAUACCACGAGCGAGUCCCGGGUUAUAUACCACGAGCGAGCUUCGGGUCAUAUACCACGAGUUAAGCUCGGGUCGUAUACCACCCUUUAACUUAUUUCGUAGGUGUAUACCCACCAAGUGUAUCAUAGUAGGGACGCCGAGCUAGUCUUGGUUGCUUAGGCAGAGAACAUGCUUGUUUUUAUGCCUGAA